GUAGAGCUCCAAACAUUUUCCAACUGUUUGCGUUUAUUCACAAGGGCUGUCAGAUUCCUGUACUAAGACAACCAGCGUUACCAAGUCUUCUGGGCCCCCAAGGGCAAUCAAUGCCCACGACUGGUCAUCCAACGAGAGCCAGUACACCUCGCUCGGCGGGUGGCAGACCAGGCUGGGACCUAAGUUCCAGUCGAGGACGCCUGCGUGGUGAACGUACCCAGAGGACCCAAGCCCCAACGCUACCAGCAUCAACAGCAGUCUUCGUGCCAGCGCCUCCGCCUUCCUUGUACCCUCCACCACCCCAAGCACUUCCUCUUCUACCGGGGGCACUACGACCACAGUUUCCUCCCCAGUUUCCACCUGGUCAGCCUCCAUCUGCCAGCUACACUGACUCCCCUCCAGGAUAUCCCCCAGCUCCUGCAAACAUGUCAUCAGCCUGGGUACCAACAGCAGUACCAACGGCGCAUUCCGAUCCCAUCCCAGUGACACAAGCUCCACCUUUAUCUAGGGAGGAGUUUUACAGAGAACACCAGCGACUGGAAGAGGAGGCUUUCCCUGCUGCAACCCCGGGGGCUAGCAAGGAUGUUACAACCGUAGUGGGCAGAUCCCAAAACUGGACUUCUUCGUUACAUGUCAAAUCAAGGGUCACGACAGAUCGUUUCGACCGUGCAUGCCGAUUCGUCACAUUCCACACCGUGGUGUUCAAUAGAUCUUUCAGUGACAGCUUAAACAUGAUGACCGAACCUGUUGCUACAGUGACGUACUACCUGUUCCCACUGGUCCUCUGGAACCGACCAAACCUCUGGCAGCAGCACCGUGUAACGGCACCUCUACCAAGAAACUGCAUGAAUCCCUCGCUGGGGCCCUGUUUUAUCGUCGUAUAUGGGGGAGUGACCUUGCCAUCCUCCGGCAACGUCCUCAGUGCUUCGCGAGCCAACUCUGCGGACUGUUUGUUUUUGCCGCCGCGCAUGCGCCUUGCGGCAAUUCUUGUUCAGCGGGAGAGGGAGGCGACGGUGGAAGCGGUGGGUACAGUGAUGGAACAAAAGGUGGUCUGGGGUGCACAUCAACAUGUUGCCAUGGAGGCUUAG